UGUUCAAUGGAUUUUCUUUCCUUUACAUUCUCUAUUUAACAAUGCAUAUGCAUUUUCAGUUGUUGGUAGUAUGAUCUUUAUCAAGAAUAGGCAGAUGUUGGAAGUGAUUCCACAACAUUGGAGAAAGCUGUGGAAUGAAUGGGAGUUGCGUGGACUGAUUCUAAUUAGCCUCACUGCUCAAAUAGUUCUCGUUGGUCUGGGCAAUCGCAGAAAGUAUAUUUCUACACUCUGGAUCAGAGUCACUGUUUGGUCAGCCUACUUACUUGCUGACUAUGUAGCAGCAAUGGCCGCUGGCAUAAUCUCUAAUAAUUUAGGAGAAUUCUACAUGGGUGGUGGUCGUGUUGAUGCAAAAAACAAUUUCGCAGCAUUUUGGACACCCCUUUUGCUGUUGCACUUGGGUGGCACUGAUUCGAUAACGGCUUACUCCUUGGAAGACAAUGAGUUGUGGAAAUGACACUUAUUUGCACUAAUUAACCAAGCAAUGGCGACAUUUUACAUCUUGCUCAUGUCAUGGGGAGGAUCUACUCUUUCCGAACUCUUCCUUGUGAUGUUCUUUGUAGGGCUUUUCAAGUACUGGGAAAGAGUGUUGAUACUCUACUCGGCAAGUGAAAAGCAAUUCAGAGACUCAAUUUCAGAUAUCCCAACCAAUGAUUCCAAAAUAAUGGAGGAAUGCAAACUAAAGCAGCUUGAGGGGUACUAUCUCACAACACAUCUGGUGCUUGAGGUUGAUCAAUCGACCAAUACAUCGACUGUUGAAUUCUUUACUCAUGCAAAUGAAUUACUUAAAGCCUAUGGCUUGCUUGAGAUGGUCAAGCGUCUUAUUGCAGAUCUCAUACUUGGCUUCCAGGAUCGCGAUGCAAGCAGGGCAAUCUUUGGAAGGCUCAAGAAUCAUACCGAGGCUUAUAGAAUUAUUGAGAUUGAACUCGGGCUUGUAUACGAUGUACUAUACACUAAGGCAAAGGUGAUCUAUUCAUUUUGGGGCAUUGCUCGUCGAAUUAGCGGCGUCUUUCUCACCUCUAUUGUAUUGGUGGUGGUGUGUCUCAAUGAGACAUUGUCUACAGAGAAACAACACCAUUCCAAGAUUGAUUUUACCCUAACUUUGGUAUUGUUGGUAGUUGCUCUUCUUUUGGAGUUAUAUGCAAUUGUAGAACUACUUCGCUCCGACCAAACUGCUCAUUGGUUAAUUAAGCAUAAUAAAACCACCAUCUUACAACUCAUCAAUAUUACUUUACGACCCAAUUGGGUAUCAAAAUGCCGGUGGUCAAAUUCCAUUGCCCAGUUCAGUCUGCUAAAAUUUUCCCAAAGUAGAAAAGCACUCCCUUGUAGUGGAAUCUUGAAGAUGUUAGGAGUUGAUGAAAUGCUAGAUAUUUACCAAUAUGGGACCUCUGUACCACUCAAGGACUAUGUAAGACAAGCAAUAUUUAGUGACAUUUAUAAUUUUAGGGCAUGGCCAGAAGCGAAUGAUUACGGCACAGAUCUUAAAGCUUUGUACGGCUGUAGGGGAGGCCGCACACUUAAAAAGUACAACCGUGGUGAUCUUGAAUGGAGUGUGGAGUUGGAGUUUGACCAGAGCAUCCUUAUCUGGCACCUUGCUACUGAAAUCUGCUACUAUGCAGACCACGUACCUAGAGAAGAAGUGACAUUGAGAACUAUAAACUAUAUUACAUCACCAGGCGACGGACAGAGUACAAAAGGGUUACUGCAGCGACAAAGCAAGUUCAUAUCAAGGUAUAUGCUAUAUCUCCUAGUCCAGCAUCCCGAAAUGCUGCCAAUUGGGAUGGCACACAUCAGGUUUCGGGAUAUUUAUGCUGAGCUCAGUAACUUCGUUCAAGAACAAAUGUCCAAUUCGCUUAAAGGAUUGGACAAGUCAUCCCACAGGAAAAACAUUUCUGACAUGUUGAAAAAAAUGAAGACCAACGUCAUGCUUACUGCUCAAGGAGGGGAUAGAAGCAACUUUGUGAUAUUCCAUGUGUGUAAACUUGCAUCAGCAUUUAAAGAUAAAGAUAAACUCUAUGAAGGAGAUCCUGAAGGCUGGAAAUAUUGGGAAAUGAUUAUGAAUGUUUGGGUUGAAAUAUUGGGUCAUGCGGCUAGUCAAUGUAAAGGAAGACAUCAUGCUCAGCAGCUGAGACGAGGAGGGGAGUUUCUCACUCAUGUUUGGCUUCUCAUGGCACAUUUUGGCUUAACCGAUCACUUCCGGAUACCACGUAGCCGUGCAAUAGCUGAUGCAGUUUUAAGAUAG